UUUUUAUAAUAAUGGCUGUCUCAGCAAUGAUUAAAUCAUCUACAAUAUAUAAAUUAAACAAUGUAUUAUUAAAAGACUAUAAAAACGUAACAUGACGCUGUGUGAAGACAAAGAAAAUAAUUUAAUUAGUGCUGUGAAUCCGUACAGAUAGUAUAAAGCAACAAGUAAGUAAUGAAAAUAAUUGAAUAUGGAGGAAUGUUUGAUGGGCUUAAAACCCCCAGAACCUCUUACAAGACUUGAGGCUGAAGAUUUUAUAAAAUGGAAGGAAAAAUUAAAAAUUUCUAGAAAAAUAUCAGGUAAUAAUAAUGAGCCUGAAGACAUACAGGUGGCCAUAUUGUCAUAUUGUAUGGGAGAAUUGUGUAUCGAAAUUACGUACACAGUACGUUUGAUCUCAACGAAAGAACAAGAAAACAAUUAUGAAACGGUAAUGGAAAGGUUUGUACAACAUUUUGAUGACCUAUGACCAAUGAAAAUGUGAAUUGUCACAUAUUCAAGGCACGAAAUCAAAAACAAGAUGAUUUCUAUACCAACUAUUUGACAGAGCUACAGAAAUUAUCGCAACACUGCAACUUCGGUGAACUAAAAGAAAGAAUGAUCAAAGAUAGAAUUAUUGCAGCAAUAAACGAUUCAAAAUUAAGAAAUAGGUUACUAAUGGAAAACCAACUCUACUACUAAUCUCAUGAAGGCAAUAAAAAUGUGUAAGAUUGUGGAAAAUACGAAAAAACAGAUUAAACAAAUGGAAAAUCAGGUAGAAGACAGUCAAGAAAUGAAUUUAGUCAAGAAGAAUGAAAGAAAAAUGGUGAAUCAGUCAUCAGUGUAAUUAAAAAAUGAAAAUAUGAGAAAAAAUUGGAGUAGAAAUAACAGAUUGCAUAAUGAACAAGUGAAUAGUAACAAGAAAACAACAAAUUUUAUAUCAUGUCAGCGGUGUGCGGUGAUUAUAUCAAUCAUGAUAGAAAGAAUUGUCCAGCGUAUGGGAAAACAUGCUUAUAUUGUGGAAAAUUUCCAGAGGGUACAGCGAGGAGAUGGACCUGGUUGUGUACUACACCCAAACAGGUGGACCUCCUCUCGAUUUUGUCAAUAAUUUUAUGAUCGCAGAGGCCUCCCGGUCCACACGGUCCAACGACGCCGGCUGCCGACAAAAUCCUGACUGACCGUAAUGUCCUCGUGAUCCCGGAGCUGUACAUCAACGCUGGCGGUGUCACUGUCACCGUCACCGUCACCGUCACCGUCACCGUCACCGUCUCAUCGCUCGAAUGGCUCUAGAAACUCGAUCACGUCUCGUACGCACGUGUCACAUUCAAAUACGAACGCGAGUCCUGGUAGUUGGACAUCUGCUGGUAUGCCCACUGCACACUGCACACUGCACACUGCACUGCGGCCGCGUCGUGCAUCGUGUUCCGUUGCGAGCUGCGUCGUGCUGCGUCCGGCGUCUCGUCUUCGGCUGUGAUUUGAGUUGGUGACGGCUGCACUCUGUACUGAUUUUAAAAUGUAUUGAUAAGUUAUUCAACCUUGAUGUCACUGUCCAACAUCUGCAAGACACAGGGGUCGGACGUACAGUGAAUGCACUGUGGGAACAUCCAGGUGAUGUAGGCGAGGCCUCCCAAGCUCUGGUCUAUAAAUGGAAGUGCAUGGUCGCAGCUGAGGAGUGUAAAAGUGGAGAAUAUCAACGUGAAAAACAUAAUUACAAUUAUAAAAACGAUGGCCAAAAGUAUAAUAAAAAAGUGAAUGGCAACUAUAGUGGAACCAAAAGAAAAUAUCGAAGCAGUGAGGAUGAAGAACAUGAUAUAAAGAAGAAGAGAAGCUCUGCCUCUAAUGGAGAUUAUUAUAACGGAAAAUGUGAUGUAAAAAUAAAAUCAGAGCCAAAAAGCGACAGUGAUCUUAACAGAGAGCAUUCAAACGGCGAUGAGACUGAUUUUAAAAUAUCUCAAUUGUCUGAAGAAGAGGUAAAAUUGAAGCCAUCCUCUAAACGUUCACACGACAAAUGCACACAUGAUAAAAAAGAGUGUACAUCUAAAAAGUCACGUAAUUCCGACAAAGAUUCGAAACGUAGUAAUGAAAAUAAAAAUAAACAUGACGCUCAGAAGUCAUCUCCGCAGGAGAAAUCUCACACCGCACAUAAGCACAGCAAUACACAUGAAAGUAGCUCUGCAACAACAGCGAAACAUAAAUUGGACCACAGUUCGCUCGAGAAGAAACAAACGGAUGAAAAGAAAUCAUCAACAAGACACCAUAGUAGUUCUGAAAAGCAUAGAUCUUCUUCACAAAGUGCUGAUAGUGGAUCUGAUAAACACAGAAGUUCAAGUCGGUCUCACAGAUCUGAUAAAGAGAAGCACAAAAGUUUAUCAGAGAGAGAAAAUAGCAUUAAACACAAGAUAAAAGAGAGUAACAGUAGUAGUUCUAAAGAAAAACAUAGUUCCUCUAGUAAGGAGAAGUCAAGAGAUGGAAGCAGCUCCUCAAAAGAAAACUCGGAUAGUAAGAGUGGAAAACUCUGGAAUGAAAGUAGAUCUAAACGUGGUGACAAUAAAAGUAAACAUGAGAAACACAAGUGUAGCAGCAGCUCGUCCUCUCACAGGAGCAGCGAGUCGAGCAGUAGUCCAUCAGAAGAAGAUGUACCAAAGAAAACAAAUCAUGUAAACAACAGUGAAGACGGCAUCGACUGCAGCUCAGGUGCUAGUUUUGCUGAAGCCCUAGGAAUGUUAAGUUCAGCAAAACCUAAAAAGAAAUCCCCAACUGUUAAAGAAACUCAAUCGCCCAAUUCAAUAACUAAUGAUGUAGGCCCGGCCGCCCUUCUGGCGCCGAAUGCCAAGCUAGCACCACUGUCUGCUUUCGAAAUUUCUGCUUUGUCAAAAAUAUCACCGAACUACAAGCCGAGGCCGCCGCCUAAACCGCUGUCACAUUUCACUGAUGAAGAGGCCAUGAGCGCCAUAAUAUCGUCUAAAAACCAAAGAACUAAAGUAUACUCCGGUAAUAAAGUAAUGGGAAAAGUUCCAACGCUGUACGUGAUGUGUGUUCAUCUUCUACAGGAGCACAUUGAUGGCCUCAAGUACACGGGCGGCGUGCCAUAUGAACUCUUGAAGCCCGUCGUAGACAAGGCAACCCCUCAGCAACUCUUCGUACUGGAACACUUCAAUCCAUAUCUUAUGGAGGACACUGCCCAGUUGUGGCAGAAAUACUGCGAGAAGCACUUCAGGAAACAACAACGACACGAGAUGGAGACGUGGAGGGAAAUGUACAUUCGAUGCCAAAAAGAGCAAGAGCAUAAAUUAAAAAAGUUGACAGUGAAUAUUAAAAAAGCGCAAGAAGCGAAGAAAGCGCCCGUUAAACAAACAAAGAUGGUUUACUGUGAUACUGUUGUGAAAGCACCUCGGAACAUGGCACGGGCGGCUGCUGCCAGUCCAGCAGCACGGGUGGCAGCCCUGGCCACACCGCUCACAAUUCGCGCCGGAAGCGGCCGAGCCUCGUCCUCGGCCUCGCCUUCCCCUGCGUUCAAACCCAAGAAAGCGCCUCUCAUGCAAAAAGUUCUGAAAUUGAUGCGAGGCCGCACGCGAUCAUAGACUACGUCCACUACUUGUGUUGUGUAACAGUGCUAGAAGAUAUAUUGUCAUUUUAUACACACUGUCAAUUCUAUCUUAUAUUGAACCGGUCCAAUGUUUGUUCCUUGUAAACUAAAUAUACGUACCAAGUGUACGUGAAUAUAUAUAUAUAUACAUGUGUAAAAUAGAACAAAUUGGAUUGUAUCAAAAUGUAUAGAACUUGAGCUUUAGAUAUGUAAGUAGUGUAAUUGGGCAUCACGAGCUACAUUGUUGCUUGUUUGUAAAUAAAUUGUAAUAUAAUUAUUAGUUUAUAAUUGUAUAUCGUUGGAUCUCGAGUCUGUGUGAUCCUUCUCCUAUAGUUAGUCAUUACAUUAGAUUUAUUGCAAUGUUGUAAUGAACCGAACGUGCACAGCGCGACCCUGUGAUAUGUUGGAAACAUAAAUAUUUUGUGAUGUAGAUGUAUAUAUAUUGUGUCGUGUACAAUAUAUUGUUAUACAUUGCUUUGUUACAAGUAUAAUUACAUAAUGAAUACAAUCAAUAUAAAUGGUGUUCGUGUUCAUUACACAUCGCAUCUGUUUCAGAUCAAAUUAAUAGGAUCCCUAUUGGUUUGAGCUGAACAUUUUUACUUUUAGUAUUAGGCCGUUUACUUGUGCUGUGUUAAACGAAAUAGAUGUAUGGAUCUUUUGAUUAAUAAAAUAAUACGCUUCGUCGCUUUAA